UGCCAUAGAAAGUGUGUAGGUAGUAGUGUUGGCCAGCCUGGGCGAGGCCAUGUGUUGGGUGGUGUUGGUAUCCCUGGUCCUUCCCGCACCGCCCGCCACAACACUCACAUCAAAAUGGUGAGGCUAACGUAUCGUCGGCGGCUGUCGUACAACACUGCCAGCAACAGGAGAAAAAUUGUGAAGACUCCUGGUGGCCGUCUUGUUUAUCAUUAUCAGAAAAAGCCGGGUAAGGCCCCAGCUUGUGGUAAUUGCAAGACUAGGCUUCCUGGUAUUGUGGUUGCCAGGCCCCAUAAGCUCCAUCGCCUAUCAAAGCGCGUGAAGAGAGUAACCCGUGCGUAUGGAGGUAAUCUGUGCCACAAGUGUGUCCGUGAAAGGGUUGUGCGAGCAUUCCUGAUUGAGGAGCAGAAGAUUGUGGUAAAGGUCCUCAAGGCCCAGAAAGCUGCAUCAAAGACUAAGUAAACUGCUUAAGAAAUAAAAAAAAAAAAAACA